UCCAAUAAUCAAUCGAUGGAUGCUCGAAAAACACCAAAAAUUCCUCCAAGGUCGGCUUUCUGUCGGCAGCGACCAUUCGCUUACUUCCUUCAUUUCUUUCUAUUCUUCAAUUUCCCAAAAUACCAUCUCUCACUCUUAAUCACCCGAUGAUGGGGCCGCCCUCGAUCUUCGUUUGCAACGACCUCCAUUGUUUUGGACCCCACUAAGCUUAAGCUCAUCUCUUCUGUUAAUCAUAUACAGUACCCUUCUCUCUUCUUUUCAUUUCUCACGCUUUUCUUCUUCAAUUUCAUAGCUUCUACUCAUCCCAGUUCACAAAUGGCUUUUUUAUUUGGCCUGGUUGUCGGACUCGUCGUGGGGCUCGCGCUUAUUGUUGGGUUUGUUCGGUCUGAGAAUGCCCGAUCCAAGAUGCGCACUGAGCUCGCUACUAUCAUUGCUGCAUUUGCGAGGAUGACUGUGGAGGAUUCUAGAAAGAUCUUGCCGGCUGAGUUCUAUCCUUCUUGGGUUGUUUUCUCCCAGCGCCAGAAGUUGACUUGGCUAAAUCUUCAACUAGUAAAGAUCUGGCCCUACGUCGAUGAGGCUGCUUCUGAGUUGAUAAGGACUUCUGUGGAGCCUGUUCUUGAGCAAUAUAGACCGAUUAUACUGUCAUCACUUAAAUUUUCCAAGUUUACUCUUGGAACAGUUGCACCACAAUUUACAGGAGUUUCUAUUAUUGAAGAUGGAGAAAGUGGCAUUACCAUGGAAUUGGAAAUGAAUUGGGACGGGAAUCCAAGUAUAAUACUAGAUAUUAAGACUAGGCUUGGUGUUUCCUUGCCUAUACAGGUGAAAAAUAUUGGAUUUACUGGGGUUUUCAGGUUGAUCUUCAAGCCACUGGUCGAUGAGUUUCCUUGCUUUGGAGCUGUUUGUUAUUCGUUGCGACAAAAGAAAAAGUUGGAUUUUACACUAAAAGUCAUUGGCGGUGACAUUUCAGCAAUUCCUGGAAUUUCUGAUGCUAUUGAGGGGACAAUACGUGAUGCUAUUGAAGAUUCUAUUACCUGGCCUGUUCGGAAAGUUAUCCCAAUUUUGCCUGGGGAUUAUAGUGAUCUGGAGUUAAAGCCUGUUGGGAUAUUAGAAGUAAAGCUUGUGCAAGCAAAGGAGUUGACAAACAAAGACAUCAUUGGGAAAUCAGAUCCCUAUGCUGAAUUAUACAUACGUCCUCUACGUGACAGAAUGAAAAUCAGUAAAAUAAUUAACAAUGAUCUGAAUCCAAUCUGGAAUGAACACUUUGAAUUUAUUGUUGAAGAUGCAUCCACUCAACACUUGGUUGUAAAGAUCUUUGAUGAUGAAGGACUGCAGGCAUCUGAGCUCAUUGGAUGUGCUCACGUGAAGCUAAGCGAGCUUCAGCCUGGUAAAGUGAAGGAUAUAUGGUUGAAGUUGGUUAAAGAUUUGGAUGUCCAAAGGGAUAAUAAAAAUAGGGGGCAGGUUCACUUGGAGCUUUUGUACUGUCCUUUUGGUAUGGGGAAUGGCUUUACAAACCCCUUUGCUCCAAGCUUCUCGAUGACCUCCUUGGAGAAGGUUCUUAAAGGUGGGGCGGAUGGGAUGGAUGCCACUGAAAAUGGAAAUGCAGUUACACAAAGGAGAAGGGAGGUCAUAGUUAGAGGAGUUCUUUCUGUAACUGUGAUUUCUGCUGAAGAUUUGCCAGCGGUAGAUUUGAUGGGAAAGGCUGAUCCCUAUGUUGUUCUCACGAUGAAGAAAUCAGAAACAAAAAACAAAACCAGGGUGGUGAAUGACAGCCUGAAUCCUGUUUGGAACCAGACUUUUGAUUUUGUUGUUGAGGAUGGAUUACAUGAUAUGCUAAUUCUGGAAGUAUGGGAUCAUGACACAUUUGGCAAGGACUAUAUGGGAAGAUGUAUCCUGACUUUGACGAGGGUCAUUUUGGAGGGAGAGUACAAAGACCAGUUUCCGCUUGAUGGGGCUAAAUCUGGAAGCUUAAAUUUGCACCUCAAAUGGAUGCCACAACAUAUCUAUCGUGAUACAUGAAUGAUAAUAGCAAACUGGUAGAACUUGGCACCAGGAGGCUCUUCUUCUAGCCAUGCAACAGAUGCAUACCUUAGAACAUCACUCACAUUCUCUUGCAUCUUUAGUUAUCAAUAAGUUUUGAAAUAUGCAUAUGAGGUAGCAACACACUGUACAUAGCUAUUUUUUGCAAUGCCCAGGCAAACUAUAUAGUGAAGUAUCAAAGGAAGACAUUUCAACAGUAAGCGGGGAGUAUUGUGCAUUGAGGAUACCCUUUGUAUCAAUCCAGUACAUGGGAUGGAGAAGUUGGGCUGGGGAGUGAAAUGUUGUAGGGGAUUAUUGAUUUUUGACAUUUUUGUAAUGCUUCUGUCAACUCUUUAAAAUCUGAAAUACUCUCAAACGUUGAUAUCAAUACUCUUCUUCUUCA